ACAUAAGGAAUUUCGCUGAGUCACAGCGCAAGUGGCAUGCUUUGAGCGCCUCGUUGGUGGUUACGUGGAUUUUACGUGAAAUUAUAGUCACGAAAUAAGGUCGUUUCUGGCCUACGGGACAUAAUUUUCCACAUAUUCGCUGUAAACAGUUUUUCUCUAUAUCCUACAAGAGAAAAGCAAGAGUUUAGUGGCUUGUUUCGAGAUUUAUCAAGAGCUAUUGUCGCACCGUGAAAACUAUUCAAGAUGGUGGCGGGGAAGAAAGAGGAGAGCUUGCCAUAUCUUCUAAUGCUUCUGUCUCUUCUGAGGCCGGAAUUACAAGGCUACAUAAAACCAGAACAAGCUGCACCAGUGAUUCCAGUUGGAGGAAGCACGUACAAUUUGACUGGGGCUGCAUUCAAUAGCCAUCCAUAUAGUGCCACAAGUUUCAAUAAUUACUUUUUUUCAUCGAAAGAGGCGAACGCAGCUGCGAAUGGCAAUGACCCUUUGAGUCAAUAUCUGAACUGGCCGCCGAAUACGCAGUUUAACACUAGUGCGAUAGCAAUGAUACUCGGCGAGCCCGGCCCAAGCUUUCGGCUGCCGUAUGGGGACUCGGAAAGCGGGUACAGCUCGGAUGAAGCUCUAUCGCCAUUGUCUGCGGCCAGCUACAGGUCCGCGUCGCCACCUUACACCAGCAAUGAUAUGACCGGAAUGCAGGGGGGUAUUCCUGUUGAGGUUACUGAGCCUGGUGCUACUGGGUUCUCUUCAAACGGUGCUUUUAACCCAGAGGACUUUGUUGAUUUGGACUUGUUUCAACUCGUAGAUCAACCCAACAAACAAAUCCUCGAGAACCCCGGAGCCGAACAACAUGGCGUCAAACAGGAACCUUCAACCCCCACGAAUAAAAUGUGUCCUCAAUCCUGCGCUGGCUUGUCUAUGGGCAAAUCCGCCACAAAUGUGGACUUUACAAACCCAUUUUCAUUAGACCUUGGUAUUGGAGAUAAACAUUUCGACCCAUAUUCCAUCGAUUUUGAAACAAACCAGACAACGCAAUUCCCAGGGCUAUCGGAGGCGGGGACAUCCGUCGAUAUCGACUCUCUGAUCGGCCUCGAUUUCCCCCUCGAAAUUCUAAAUGAAUUUCAACAAGAACCUGCAAAUCAACUCGCCCAGUACCCUCUUGAUGGAGACCAGAACUCCCGUAACAAUGACAGUGGAAUUCCUCUGCCUGGUAAUGCAGGUCCAGUGACCUCGCAAAGCAGCACAAACCCAGAACUGCCUUCUUUCAGUCAAGCCCUUCAGCCUCUCUCAGACCAGCAAGCCAGCAAAGCAAGAUCAGUAUUCAAGUCGAAUGCUGGAACGUCAACAUCAAAGGGAAAGAAAGCUGUUGCCUCAAAAAAGGUUUUGGCAUCAAAAGCAGAUGCUGACUCAUUGGACAUUGGUGUGUCAGAGGAAAAGAUUGUUGAGAUGUCUGUCGCUGAAUUCACCACAUUCCUGGAAAAGCUGUCAGAUGCACAAGCUAAGUAUGUGAGGGAUGUUAGAAGACGUGGCAAGAAUAAGGAAGCAGCGCGCAUUUGUCGAAAACGCAAGAUGGACGCCAUUGAAACACUGGAUGACGAGAUAACUCGACUAAAACAACAGAGACAAAGCAUGUUUGAUGAGCGAAAAGACUUACAGCAGGAAACUGCUGAACUGAAAAGAAAGAUCAGUGAACUAGAAAGCUCUUUAUUCAGUAGUUUUAGGGAUGACAAUGGUCGCCCUCUGUCUUCUGAAGAAUAUUCCUUGUUUCAGGGCUCUGAUGGAGCUGUCUUCUUAGGCAAGAACAUUGCAAGUAAAGAGAAAAAGAAAGAGAAAAGUAGCUAGUGUUAAAAUAAAUACGUAUCCAGCAUGUAAUCUAUUGAAUAAUUUUACAAGCAACGCUUAGCCAAGUUUUAGAAUCACUUAGAAACUCAAUGAUGAAAAUGAAAUUUGGUUGUCAAAAUUGCAAACUUUGUCUCCAUCAGCAUAUUGGUUUCUCCCUACUUUUGUAAAUAGACUUAUUAUAUUCCUAAAGAAAAUGUACAUAUUGUGAAUACUUUCUUUUAUUAUGAUAGCACUAACAAAAAGCUAUCAAGUUCCAAGGAUGGGUUUGGUUUUUGCCAUACAAUGGCUAACAUUGUCUUUUAUAAAGAUAGUUAGGUAACUCCCUGCUUCAAGCAAUUUCUAUUCAAACCAGUUUGUUCCACUUGAGUUAUGAACCAGUAAAUGGGUUCUGCACUAUUACUUCGUCUUCCUUAGCUCCCGAGUGUUAUUUUGUUUGAGUUGGGAUUAAAAGGAUAAAAAUAAACAAUG